AUGGAAGUUGGAGUGACUAUAGUGAAUGGACAUCUUGUUCGGUGCUAUGCGGGGAAGGAAGUCAGACAAGGGACAGAUCAUGCAGCAACCCUGCCCCAGCGUUUGGUGGAGCUGACUGUGAAGGAAAUGCUGAGGAAACACAAAAAUGUAACCUUCAAGAAUGCCCAGCUUGAGGAUACAGACGAAGCAAGAUACGGUUGUAACGGACAAUACUUAUACCUGGUGAAGGAACAGCCUGAAGAGGAAGCACAGGAAGCAUCCAUCUGGCAGAACAGCAAAGUAAUCUGCAUUGACAAAGUUGUAGGGGAAGAAACUCAAAUAUUGGAGAAAAUGACAGGACCUUACAAAAGUUCCAUAUUCUACAUGGUCGGCCAAUACCAGUCCAUAUAUCCAAUCAAAGAAAGAAAGAUAACUGCAGAUUCUGUCUUCAUGUGUAACAACACGGAGCACUUUACUUUCAUCCCUGAGACACGACCACAGACCAUAGUAGAGUGCAAGGGAGAAAAGGCGGUAUGCACGAACUCAGACACGCAAGGAAGAUGUGCACUCACUAUUUUCUUUGAAGAUAAGAAAGUUGCUGAAGGUAGUUCCCCCGUGCUUGAACAUCCGUAUGGAAAGGUGGGUAAAGAUAAGGAGAUUAUAGAUAGGGAUCAUUAG